AUGGGCACCACAGCGCGGCGCGAGCCGCUGAAGCAGCGCGUGAACCGCUGCCUCCUCAAGCUUUCCGACCGCGACACAGAGGCCAUGGCGGCCGCCGAGCUCGAGGCCAUCGCGCGCGCGCUCGAGCCGGACGAGCUCCCGGCCUUCGUCUCGGCCGUCUCGGACGCGCGCCCCACCGACAAGACCCCGCUCCGCCGCCACGCGCUGCGCGCCCUGGCGCUCGUCGCGGCGUCCCACCCUCGCGACGCCGUGGCCCCGCUCGUCCCGCGCAUCCUCGCCGCCGCGCUCCGCCGCGUCCGAGACCAGGACUCCUCCGUCCGAGCCGCGCUCGUCGACACCGCGCGCGCCGCGGCGGCGGCCUCGGCCUCGGCCUCCGCCGCGCUCCGGCCCCUCACGGACGCGCUCCUCCACGAGCAGGACCAGUGCGCGCAGCUGGCGGCCGCCCUCGCCACGGCCGCCGCCGUCGAGGCUUCCGCCGCCACCGCCGACCUCGCUUCCUACCUCCACAAGCUCCAACCGCGCCUCCUCAAGUUACUUCGCAGCAAUGCCUUCAAGGCCAAGCCCGCGCUCAUCACCCUCAUCGGCGCCUCCGCGGCCAUGGCCGGCGAUGCCGAAGUCACCGCCUCCAUCCCGUGCCUCCGCGAUGCAAUCGCUAGCGAUGACUGGGCAGCGAGGAAGGCCGCGGCGGAGGCGCUAGCUGCAUUGGCCCUAGAGCACACGGAUCUUCUCACGACCUACAAAUCCUCUUGCGUUACCUUCUUCGAUGCCAGAAGGUUUGACAAGGUCAAGAUUGUGCGAGAGUCGAUGAACCGGAUGAUUGAGGCGUGGAAGGAGAUCCCGGGCGCUGAAGAGGACGAGUGCUCCUCCGCUCCGCCACCAGCGUCCCAGUCACAGCGAAGAUCUUCUCUUACAGGGAGUGCAAGUGGUGGGCGAUAUCCGGCUGCUUCGCUGGGCUCAAACUCAGUUCCAUCAGCAACAAGGAGGAGCAGAUUACCUGUGAGCAGAUCAUCUCCGCCUGAUGUGUCACCCAGUGUCACCAAAACAAAUAGUCCUUCAUCCAUCAGGAACAAGAAGCUGUCACCGCCUUCAUAUCGCAAAGUUCGCCAAGCAAAUAAUUGUGACUACAAGGUUGAGAUUGCUGUUGCCCCGGAUGCUACCCCAAUCAAAGUGGUGACGGAGGAGAAGCUGCUGAAAGGAGGCAAUGUGAGAGACAGACUGGAGGUUAGGAGGACACUCUUCCAAGGCAGCGAGGAUAGGUCGGCCAAGCUGGCUGGACACAAAGCAGGGUCACGAGUUGUUCCGUACGAGGGCGGUGGUAAUUUGGAAGAGAUUUCAGAAAUUGAAGGUGGAUCGGAAAGGUAUGCAGUUCAAAAGGAUGAGAGCUUGUCAGAAAUAAGGACGCAGCUCCUUCAGAUUGAAAAACAGCAAAGCAGUUUACUGGAUCUUCUCCAGAAAUUUAUGGGGAAGUCUGAGAAUGGUAUGAAUUCUUUGGAGACAAGGGUGCAUGGGCUGGAGAUGGCUUUGGAUGAGAUCUCUCGUGAUUUGGCCUUCUCUUCAGGAAGGAUGUCAAACAGGGAGCCUGAUGUAAAGACAUGCUGCAUUCUGAGCCCAAAAUUCUGGAGAAGGCACAAUGGUGGUAGGUCUUCCUCAAGGUUUUCUGCCUCAGACCCAGCAAACAGCUCAGACGAGAGCAGAACUUCUUACAAAUGGGAGAGACAGAAGUUUGGGCUUCAGGGUGGGUUUGUCACAAACCCAUUAGCCGAGCCAAACAUUUCAUCUGUAGGGAAAACAAUGGUUACUCAAGAAGGCAGGAAGAAGGAUACAACUUUACAGAAGUCAAGUUCAGUUGCAGAAGAUACGGUUGUUAGGACAAUCAGAUAUUCCCAAAUAAUAGAUUACUGA